AACAUCACUGGGCUAGUUUAGAAACAUGUUCUCUGCAGUUUUCAAAAAGCCUGAUGAGCUCUCAGACAGCCUUGACGAUGGCAACAUGGCACUGUGGCCGUUGUUCAAGAUAACCCUUUUGGUUCUUUUGUUGUUGGCUGCAGAGAACGAUGGUUCUGGAACGGCUGAUUGGGUUCCUUUGGUGAAUGGCAGCCAGUACCUCCACGGAGAGAAACCUCACGAUCUAUUUGGUUGGUCCAUUGCUCUUUCUUCGGACGCUUCGACUGUUGCCAUUGGAGCUAUCGAUAGUGACAACAAUGGGUCGGCAUCGGGCCAAGUUCGUGUCUACCAGCUUUCUGACAACGGGCCGCAUGGCUCCAUAAUCCAUGUGGGGACUAUCGAAGGCGACAGGGAAGGUGACUAUUCUGGCUACAGCGUUAGCCUGGACCACCGCGGAAACAUCCUUGCCAUUGGAGCCCCAGAACACCAGCAGGGCAUCGGCAAGGUCUCCAUUUUCCGUAGAGUCGGGAAAGAGUGGGUUCAAAUGGGGAAUUGCAUUGAGCCAACUUCUGCCGGUGCUGCUGGUUUCGGGCAUACACUAGUCCUAUCACAAGAUGGGUACACCAUUGUAGUAGGAGCGCCUUACCAGGAUGGAAAUAGAGGGUCUGUUUGGACAUUCACCUACAAUUCAACGUUAGACAAGUGGGAAAGCGAUGGUGAACCACUGCUUGGAGAUGAAUCUGCUAGCUCUCAAUUUGGAUAUUCCGUUGCCAUCUCGGCAAACGCCAACGUUCUAGCAGUCGGCGCCAAGAAUCAUCCCGGCCCACAGUCAUCCUCAAUGGAUGGGCAACAAGCCUCACGUUUGAAACACAGCAAGGGUCAAGUACAAGUUUUUCUCCGAGACGAAAACGGCAACUGGGUGCUCCAUGCCCCACCCUUGUAUGGAGCCAAGCAAGGUGACUACUUUGGCUUUGCCCUCGCUUUUUCACACCCAGGAAAUCGUCUGGCUAUUGGAUCUCCUUAUACUGACACCAGUGCAGGAAGAGGUGCAGGCAUUGUGAAGGUUAUCCAGCUUGUGCCACAAGCUGAGGAGAACGAAAAUGGCGAUCAGGACAACAAUCAUUGCUCUGCAACCAGGCUCACGUUGGUACCAGUUGGACUUGAAAUUGCUGGGGCCAGGGCAGGGGACUACUUUGGGUACUCAGUCUCUCUCGCGGCAACUGGUCGUCGUCUUGCAGUUGGGGCUCGUCAAGCCGGUGAGUUGAGGGGGCAGGUUACCGUCUAUGAUCUGGAGGAGGACAAGGUCCAGCCGACGAGCGAACAAACCCACACGGCGGCAUGGCGUGAAUGUGCCACUCCAAUCAACGGAGAUGCGGCAUCAGAUCAAUCUGGCUUCGCUGUGGCGCUCUCUGCCGAGGGGACACAUCUGGCUAUUGGAGCCCCGUAUCACGAUGGCGUCCCCAAGAAGACGGAGCAAUCGUUGGCUACAGGGAGGACUUUCAAUAGGCUUAUCAACUCGGGACAGACGAAGAUCUUCCACUUCGCAGAGAAGCCGGGUCCAAGAGAGAAAACUGCUGCUUGAUUACGGUACCCUGGCGGGCGUUCUCACAACAAUAUGGUAGCAAUCUGACGUUUCAAUCGAUGUUUCUAAAGGGUGUUCGUGGGCAGGCAGCCGUACGUAAUAUAUGGAGAGCAUGGAGAACAGGGCGGUGAUGGAUUCUGCAUGAUGAGGGUGGUCCUCAGUUACUACUUAAACAUAUCAAAACUAAUUUCAGUCUUACAAGAGGUAUAGAUAUUGAGAUGUGCUGUCUGUCCC